AGUAUUAGCUGUGUGCGUGUUUGGCAACAACAAGUCAACAAAAUUCGAACAAAAUCAAUAAAACGGAAACGUGAGAGAGCGCUGCGCAAAAGAGAAAAGCGAACGCAAUCGCAAUCGACCAACGCAUAGAAGAAAACAAGCCGCCUGCCAGCCAAAGCCAAGAAUUCCACAUUACAAAACACCUCACACUGCAUUGCCACAUUCCCAAGUAAGCUGCCAUGAGUUAAGAUCAAGAUGCGAGCCCAGGAUCUGCUGUUGCUUGCCACCGCUUUAAUCGGCGCUUACCUACCGCUCACCGCCGCCUGUUCCUCGCGUGCCAUCGCUAAGCCGCGGCCCACAGCUGCACCGAUCCUGCCGCCGGAUAAUGUGGAGAUAUCCACAACGCCGAGGCCGAAUGUCACCUUCCCGAUCUUCGCCUGUCCACCGACCUAUGCCGCCUGGUAUUGCCUGAACGAUGCCACCUGCUUUACGGUGAAGAUCCACAAUGAAAUCCUGUACAACUGCGAGUGUGCGCUGGGAUUUAUGGGACCGAGGUGCGAGUACAAGGAGAUUGAUGGCUCGUACCUGCCAACCAGGAACCGUGUGAUGCUCGAGAAGGCCAGCAUUGUUAGCGGAGCAACGCUGGCACUUCUGUUUAUGGCCAUGUGCUGUGUGGUUUUGUACCUGCGACACGAUAAGCUGCAAAAACAAAAACUGCACGACAGCACCACAACCACAACGACCGACGGUGGCUGUCAGAACGAGGGCAUGGACGAGGUGGAUGGCUUGCAACCCUUGCGCCCAGUGAGACGUCCCUUUGGCCCUUGCCGCAUCCUAUCGCUGGAGGAGGCCCACCUUCAAGCGAAAGCCUCCAAUCGCCCCAGGCAUUGCAACGAACUUUUGCGCUAACUAAUUAGCCUGGCUGCUCAUUUGUUUUUAAAUGUCUAACAUGUCCAACUGUUUAUUUUAACUGCUAAACGAAACUAUUAUUUUUACCAUCUGAUUGAGAUGGCGAAUGCCGUAGUUCUAAGUGCCUACUGACGUGCCUAUAACACAUUUAGAUCAAGUAUUAACGAACGAAAACUGAUUGCUCAGAGAGAGAUAAAAAUAAAUCUAGAUAUAGUUCAAUGCAAUUUUGGCAGCUAGCCGCCCAUUUAUUUAUUAUACACCUAAUUUUAUUAAAAAACGCGUGAACUAAUAUCGUCAAUAAAAGCGAGAACUAAAUCA